GUUUCUUAUAGCAGGGUUCUUCACAGUAAGGUUCCUUAUAGCAGGGUUCUUCGUAGAAGGUUCUUUAUAGCAGGGUUCUUCACAGUAAGGUUCCUUAUAGCAGGGUUCUUCAUAGAAGGUUCCUUAUAGCAGGGUUCUUCAUAGAAGGUUCCUUAUAGCAGGGUUCUUCACAGUAAGGUUCCUUAUAGCAGGGUUCUUCGUAGAAGGGCUUGUGGGUUUCUUGGAGCUUGUAGGAGCUUGAGGAAUGUCCCGGGGAAACACUCAGGGCGGGUCUCGGGAUGCGUUUCCUGUUUGCUUGUUGGCGACCUCACUUCCUGCGGCAUGCGGACAGAGAGAGAUGGACCUGUAUUUGUUUUUGAUGCUUUAUGUCUUCAGACUCAAGUGUGAGAACAUGCAGAUGAAGAUGUACCACCACGGCAAUUACAGCAAUAAUAAGAAAAUAACCCUCUGCCAGCAGCUGCCACGCCGAACCCGGGGGAGGAGCCUGACCCUGGGCCGACCGAGCCAGCUAUGCCCCCCGCCGGCCCCCCGCGGUCCAGCACCCACCCAUCACGCUGAUCUGAAACACGCUCUGACCACCUGACUGCCAGUCAAAAUGAUGAAAGCCUCGGCGGUUGUCGGGGGCAACCGGAGAAGGUCUCUCUCUCUGAGAGGGGUGGACCCGGAGACCUGCAUGAUCGUCUUCAAGAACCACUGGUCACAGGUGGUGAAGAUCCUGGAGAAACACGAGCCGGCCCGCGGCGUCACCGGCGCGCUGAGCUUCCUCUCCGGCCCCGCGGCGCUCCGCCCGGGCCCCGUCCCGGCCGACGAGGCCAGCGCCGUCCAGAACUACGUGGAGCACAUGCUCUUCCUGCUGAUGGAGGAGGAGGUGGGCCAAGGUGAGACAGAGCCGAAGGGGGAGGAGGAGGGGGCGGCGCCGCGUCGGCCCAGGUCUCAUGACCUUGUCUUGGUUACAGGAGGCGCCAUGGGGCCCAUCUUGGAGUUUGUGGUGGUGGAGGGCGUGAUGGAGAGGCUGUUCCUGUGGAGUCUGAGGAGACAGUUCACGGAGGACAUGAAGCUGGAGCAGCUCAGGAUGUACCAGAUGCUUCUGUCCCAGGCCAGGCAGCCUCUGCUGCACCACAAGCCGGUGCUGCGGCCGCUCAUGAUGCUGCUGGCCUCCUGCGCCGGACCUGGCACCGACAGCGGCGGCGUGGUGGAGGCGGAGCUUGUCCUCCUGUUGAACCAGCUGUGUGUCGCUCUGGUCAAAGAUCCCUCGGUGCUGGAACUCUUCUUCCACACCAGUGAGGACCAAGGAGCCGCCAACUUCCUGCUCUUCUCCCUGCUCAUACCGUACACACACCGGCGGGGUUCGGUCGGCCAGCAGGCCAGAGACGCUCUGCUGCUCAUCAUGUCUCUGUCGGCCUCUGACCCUCGAGUGGCGCUGCACAUCACCCAGAACACCUACUUCUGCCCUGUGCUGGCCACAGGUCUGUCCGGUCUCUACUCGUCUCUUCCGGCCCGGCUGCAGGUCUACAGUGAAGACUGGCACUGCCUGGCCCCGGCCGACUGGCAGCAGGUUCCAGCUCUCGUCCACUUCCUGCACUCCCUGGACUUCUGCAGCGCGGUUACCAAGGUAACACACACACACACACACACAGACACACACACACACACGCACACACACAGACACACACACACACACACACACACACACACACACACACACACACACACGCUGAUUAGGGGUCCGUCCUCCUCUCAGGUGGCUCAUCCCUCCAUCCGGUCUCAGCUGCUCGGCUACAUCUACAACGGCUUCCUGGUGCCGGUCCUGGCUCCCGCUCUGCACAAGCUGACGGUGGAGGAGGUGAUGACCACCACCGCCUACCUGGACCUGUUCCUGCGCUCCAUCUCUGAGCCCGCCCUCCUCCACAGCUUCCUGUCCUUCAUCCUGCUGCACACGCACGACAACGUGCACAUCCUGGACACGCUGGUCAGCAGGGUCAACACGCCCUUCCAGCUGGGGACGGUGUCUCUGGCUCUGUUCAGGACUCUGAUUGGUCUCUUCUGUGAAGACGUCAUGCUGCAGCUGGUCUUCAGGUAUCUGGUUCCCUGCAGCCACCUGAGCGGGAAGCAGCGCUCCGCCCUGAGGCGCAGAGACUCCUGCUCCUCCAGCGCCGCCUCCUUCCUGCUCCUCUCGCCCCCCUGGUGUGCCGGGACCCUCCUCGGCCUCGGCCCCCCCACGGAGCACGUCCACUGGCCCCGAGGAGCAGGCCUGUCGCUGGCGGACAGCGUGGGGUACCGGCGCGGCGCCGACUUCCCGAUGGACGUGAACUACCUCCACUACCUGUGGGACGCCCGCCAAGCCAUCUCCACGGCUCUCAGAGCCUCUCGUCAGUGGUCGUGUGCGUACGACGGGUUCGACCCUCCGCCGCAGGACUGCCGCUCGGGAUCGGUCCUCCCCGAGGACGACCUGGAGGACGAGCUCGCCCGGCGAGUCAACGGCGACGCCAUCUACUCUCUCCUCGUGGCUCCUCCCCCCUCGGCCCUCUCCCCGACGCCUUCCUCCUCGGAUACCGUCUCCGCGGGCAACCAGGUUAGCCGAGCAGGCUCCGCCCUGGAGCUGGAGUGGGACGACAUUUUCGCCGACGAGUACCCCCCCCUCCUGUCGGCGGACGCGGCGGGGGGCGGCGUGGCCGCGGAGGUGGACGGUUGCGUCUCGACGCCGCGGCACAUCCAGGAGAUGCGGCGCACCGCCACCAAGCUGGUCCGGGGCUCCUACGUGGAGGAGUCCGAGUUCCAGGACGACGUCCUGGUCUACGAUCUGGUCGCCCAGAGGGAAACCAAGGCGGCCAUUUUGGAGCGCAUCAUGGCGGCGAACCGGCGGUCGCACGGGAGCUUCUCCAACGGCCAGCGGGCGCCGACGGCGGCGGGGAAGACCGUCAUAGAAACGGUUAACAACAUCAUGUCGACGAGGAGGAGGAGCGAGGACGGGGGGAGAGAGGAGAGGAGGAGGAGCGAGGACGGGGGGAAGGAGGCGGGGAGGAAGAAGGAGGAAGGAGAAGAGGAGAUGAAACGGACAGACGCACCAGGAGGACGUCCGUCUCUCACCAACGGCUUCGACGCCAAGAAUCUCACCAUCGACGAAGACUACGAGGACAACGAGGAUGACGAGGACGGCGAGACGUUUCACACUCGACACAACGGCGACCCUUUGGUGACCCCCGCAAGGGCCGCGAGUCCACCGGGCAACGACGCCGCCGACAGCGACAGCGACAACUUCCUGUCCCGGUACCAGGAGCUCAUGCGCUCUUUGGGGGCGGAGCCAGACUGCGACGACGUCACCAACGACAUCGGCGCAUUCAGGAGGCGGGUCAGAGCGCUCAGGCAGAAACUGGAAGAGGAGGAGUCCUUUUUUUGCUCCUCGUGGGAUGAUGGAGGGGAGGAGGAGGAGGAGGAGGCGAUGGAAGAAGUGGAGGAGGAAGGAGAGGAGAGGAGGAGACGCCGUAGGGAAGGCAGCAGGAGGCACGGAGUUCCCUUCACAGGGCCGUUCAUCAGCGUGCUGCUGUCCCGCCUGGAGAACCUUCUGGAGAACUCCAUCGCCGUCAACCUGCUGGUGACGGGCCUGCUGGCCCAGCUGGCGUCGUACCCGCAACCUCUCCUGAGAUCCUUCCUGCUCAGCACCGACACGCACGACCAGCCCAACGUGCGCACGCUGCACCAGGUGCUGGUGUCGGAGCGCGAUCAGAUCGAGCGCUACGUGGCGGCCCGGCCGGACUUCCCCGCCCUGGUCACUCAGGCCUGGAGGUUCCUGUUGGCCAAAGACCAGGAGAGCAAGUUCAGAGAGUGCCUCGAGUCCUGCGGGGACAGAAACAGCGGCCCGGACGCGCAGGCCCCGCCUCCUCUCGCCGCCGCCCUGCUGCCUUGCCCCCCCAUCCCCCCUCGGGCCAAGAGCCGGGUGUUCGCCGUCGUCCUGUUCGCCGAGUUCCUGAAGGAGCUGGCUGCCGUGGCCCAGGAGCACAGCGUCGCACUCCAGUGCACCGCGGAGGAGUGACCCCACCCCCCAAACCCCACCCAACCCCACCCAGCCCACCCAACUUGCCAAGCACAAAACACGCAACGCCAGCGGUGUGACGGUCAAAUAUUUACAUGGUUAUUUAUAUGUUGAUGAAAACUGUGAUUUCUUGCCACUGACAUGUGGGUUAUUACGAGAUUAUGAACAUUUAUCAACCCGCUAACGUGGCUACUAGCGUUUAGCUCGGGGCUAACAGGUGGACGGGUGCCGCUCAGAGGACAAACAGGAGCUUUUAUGUAUGAAGUGUCUUCCCCGUUCUGACUCUUUGACGUCCGUGAGGCGUUUUAAACUAUUCUUUUGACCACACGCUGGUCUGGAUUCAUGAGGUUUGAUACUUUCACUUUAGAUCAGAAAACGUUUUUCAGGCACAUGAGCACGAACGGAUGUGAUUGGCUGUGAUGUCGUAUCGGCGUGAGAGGAGCUGUGGGACUGAAGACGACGUCUCCAUCAGUUCGUCCCUUUCUACGACAUGUUGGAUGCAUGUUAACGUGUAUUUAAAGACAAUAAAUUCACUUCAUCAUUCA